AUUCGCAGAGGUCGUUGAAAAGCUCGUUUUCCUAAUUUUCCGUCUGAACGUGCGUUUUCUACGUGUGUUAAGCCGGACAUUACUGCGCUACUUACUAUGCAGAUCCGGCGAAGGAGCGAAAAUAAAAUGAAAAUAUCUAUCCACUAGACAAAUGGGGCGUGAAAAUGUCCAGAUAACCACGUGAUAACUUUUUACGUUCACCAAAUUUACGCUGCUCGAUGCGAGUGAGCAGAAAAAAAGCUUUCUGAACCAAAAACGCCGAAAACAAAAAAAAAAAAAAAAAAAAAAAACCGAGUGACUUGGGUGACGUCAUAUUGCGAUGAAAUAUGAGCAAGAUACAUUCAAUGAUGUAAAAAUUGCAAUUUUAAAAGAAAAAAAUUUCUCAACUCGAAUAACGAGGUUUUGUGGGAGCGUGCUUUGAUUGGUAUCUCAUCCCUGCACAGUGUUACGUGUGGAUGGUUGAAGAGGAAUAAAAAAAAAAAAAGAAAAGGGGGGGAAGACUGAAAAGAGAAAGAAGAAAAGACAAAGUUUGUAGAAAAUUAUCGAUGAGAACAGAGAGGAGAGUUUAGCUUAAAACGGGCGCGUUUGCUCAUCGUUUAACUUAAGGACUUUAUUUCCGGUAUAAAGUUCACCCUUCCGGUGCGUUCGCAGAACUCCAAGAGAGUUUGAAGAAUAACUUUGAACGUACAAUUUUUAAAUUAAUACGGGACCAAGAGGUGCAGAUGAGUUUUUAGAGAAACGUACUACGUAUACGUAUUAUAUUUAUAUAUGUAUAUCACGUAUGCAAACAACAUUGACUAACAAAAUAAAUUAAAAAAGAAAAAUGCCGCGAACGAGAGUGACCCUACUGGCGGUAUUGCUGGCUGCUACCGCGGACGCCCGAAUAUAUUUGAACGUAUCCGGAGACAUUACUCUUGGAGCCCUUUUCCCGAUUCAUAGAAAGGGAAGUGACGGCGAAAACUGCGGGAUGAUUCAGCUGGAGGACGGAAUUCAGCCUCUGGAAGCCAUGCUUUACACGUUGCAGCAAAUAAAUCGAGACCCGAGUAUUCUGCCAGGCAUUAAACUGGGCGCCCUGGUGUUUGAUUCGUGCGAUAAUCCGAACUACGCUCUCGAACAGGCUUUAUACUUCGUUAAAGGAUUCAUCGCCCACGUGAAUACCUAUCACGAACAGGAAUUUUACUGUUCGGACGGAAGCGCUCCGAAAUUUUUAGCCGGAGGAUUCGACAAGGUCGUCGCCGUACUAGCCGCUCAAUCCAGUUCGGUUACCAUUCAGGUUGCGGCGAUGCUCCGAUUGUUCCUGAUGCCCCAAAUUUCCUACAUGGCUACCUCGCCGUCUCUGAGUAGCAAGGAGAAAUUUCCGCACUUUUUCAGAACGGUACCGAGCGACGUAAACCAGGCGCACGCCAUGCUCGAAAUAUUGAGGCAGUUCAAGUGGACUUACGUUUCGAUAGUUUACUCGGAUACGGAGUACGGGAACCACGGUUACGAGACCCUCGUCUCUUUGGCGAGCAAUUAUUCAGUCUGUUUUAGCGCUCCGCAGAGAAUAGACAACGAGCAAUACACGGACGAGGAUUACAACAACGUAAUCCGCACCAUAUCGAACAAAACGGACGUCAAGGUCGUCGUACUUUUCGCUGAAAAAUCUACGACGCUGAAGGUCCUCGAAGCCGCGAGACGACUGGGCGUAGGAUCGCGCUUCGUCUGGAUCGGAAGCGACGCUUGGCCUACGCUCAAUCACGGAGAAUUGAUCGACGAUCGAAGCCACGAAAAUCCAAGCAAUUUCGGGAAACUCGAGCCCGAGGAAUUGACCGUUCUAGAAGGUGCUCUAGCCGUCCAACCGCUCUCCAGAAGAAUGUCGGGUUUCGACGAUUACUUUACAAAUCUGACGCUGGACCACGAGUCGAUAAAUCCUUGGUUCAGGGAGUUUUGGGAAGAUUAUCACAACUGCGACCGGAGAUACAAAUUUCCGAUAAGGGACAACCAGGGCGACGAGGCGUCUUUUUCGACCGAACGAGCCAUCGGACCGGAAGAUUAUUCCUGCAGAAAUUCCCGAUUGAAAAUCAACGAGAAAUCCGGCUACAAGCAGCAGAGAUUUCUCCACUUCGUUAGAGACGCUGUUUACGCGGUUGCUUACGCGCUCCACGAUCUACACAGAGUCAAAUGCGGGGAAAAUUUCACCGGAAUUUGUCACGAGAUGAAUCACAUAGACGGGGACACGAUAUCCGCCUAUUUAUCGAACGUUUCGUUCAACGAUGAGGGUGGGAAAAAAUUCAGAUUCGUUCACAACGUUGACGGACCACCCCGCUACUCGGUUUUAAAUUAUCAGAAAAAUUUGGACGGGACCUACCAGUGGCUCGUGAUAGGGAAUUACACGCAGGAUGAAACCGGGAAACCCGUGCUGCACAUUGAUCCGGAAUCCAUGAAAUUUCGGGGCCACGUCAAAGGCGGCAGGAGUUCUUUUCCAAAUUCAACUUGCGCGCUGCCGUGCGAAAGACACCAGAUCACGGUUAGAGAGAGACUGGAUGCUUGCUGCUGGAAAUGUAGAAAUUGCGGGCUUUACCAGUGGAAAGCGGACGAACAUCGUUGCGAAGAUUGCGAUUGGGGAACACGGCCCACCCUCGAUAAGACGGUUUGCGAUGCUAUUCCGGAAGAAUUCAUCGACUAUUCGAGCCCCUGGGCUGUCGCCGCUAUGGCUGUCGCGAGCUGCGGAAUUUUGGUUACCGUUUUCGUGCUCUCUGUAUUUUGGAUAUACAGCGAAACGCCGAUAAUAAAGGCUUCCGGUCGCGAGCUUUCCUGUCUUCUUCUUCUCGGUACUCUGGUCUCGUUCCUGAUGACCUUUGCGGUGGUUGCAAGACCCGAUACCGCUACUUGCACCGUCACCAGAUUUGGAAUCGGUCUUUGCUACACGCUCUGUUACGCGGCUCUGGUCACCAAAACUAACAGGAUUCAUAGGAUAUUCAACAACAUGACGCACAGUCCGCACAAACCGAGGUACACCAGUCCAAACUCUCAACUCAUAAUAACCGGGAUGUUGACGCUGGUCGAGGUUUUGAUAAACGCUAUUUGGCUAUCGCAAGUUCCACCAUCGGUGACUCACAAUUACCCAACGAGAGACACGAGGAUUAGGAUGUGUCGUGGAUUGGACGAUCACUCUUUCAUGGUGGGGCUGAGCUACCCCUUUUUGCUGAUCAUAAUCUGCACCGUCUACGCCGUCAAGACGAGAAAGUGUCCCGAAGGAUUCAACGAGACCAGAUACAUAGCCUUCACGAAUUAUACGACCAUUAUCCUUUGGCUCGCCUUCGUUCCGGUAUACGUGGUCUCCACCAGCAACGCGAUUCGAGUUGUAACUCUGACUUUGUCUCUCUCGCUGAGCGGACUCGUACAACUCGCCUGUCUCUUCUUUCCAAAAGUCUAUAUCGUCCUUCUGAAGCCUGAAAAAAAUACCAAGGAGUUAGUUAUGGCACAGCACAGAAGUUCAUCUUAUCUAGCGGCUCCUGCGACCCCCGUGGUUGUCCUCAAUGAAAAUGGCCUCAAGUCUUACGUGAAGGGAAGUGAUUCCUCCAUCAAGACUUCGAGAAAAGAUUCAUCGUCUUUGAAUAUCUGGAAAAUUAAGCCGAUUUUGAAGGACCAAACGAUAACGUCAGCAGCCUUGGCCAAGGAUACGUUGAAAAAUUUUCAAGUAAGAACGAUGUAACGAAGUUCGGUAAAAGGUUCCACAAAAUUCUGUCGGGUCUGCUGAAAAUUGUUCAAUCGAAACGUCAAACAAAAAAUCCAAUUUACCCUGAGGCCAAAACAAAGUCAACAAGUACAUAUCGUUAAGCUAAGUAUAUUAUACAUAAAAUAUGCGAAAUUUACUUAAUUAUUGAUAUUAAAUUAUUGUGUAUAGCUGAUCGUUUGGUUUUUUUUUUUUUUUUUUUUUUUUUUUUUUUAAUU